CACAGACACACACACAGGGAGGAGGCAGAAGGUUUUACUUCGCUUGUGAAGUUGAGGAUGGCGUUAAUGAAACCACAAGAGAACUGAAUCAGUGUCAGUGAGUCGUCACGCCGGGGAAUUAGUGACGAUCAACAAGAGCAGAGAGAAAAACACUCCACACUCCUGCACUGGACCUACUGGGCUAAUGGAGCUAACAGGACUCGUUUGUCUCAGUGGACUCAUCUCUGUCCUCUAUGUCGUGUCUGGAUCUGAGGGACGUAACAGUUGCGAGUGUCCACCAGCGACCAUCACACAUCAGUUUCCUUCCCAUGUCUCCAACCAGACCUGCUGUCUGAACUUCACUGGAUCUUCAUUUCCACAUGUCUCGUGGACCACAUUAAGAUUCACGCCCAACCUUCAGAUCCUGGAUUUGUCCUCCUGUAAUGUCACACGUCUCCAUGACACAGCUGCAGGUUCCACUCCUGCUUCACUACGAGAAAUUUAUUUAAAUCAGAACCAGCUCAGAUUCCUUCCUCCAGAUUUCCUUAUUGAUGCUGUCAAAUUGGAGGUGCUGGAUUUGGGGCAGAACCUUCUGGAGGAACUUCCUGUCCAUUUUCUAAAGAAUGCUGAAAAUCUGCAAGUACUGAUUCUUAAUGGAAAUCAUUUGGAAUCACUUCCUGUCUCUGUCCUGAAACUUCCCCUGCAGCAGAUGGAAUUAUCAGGGAAUCUGUGGACAUGCUCUUGCUCUUUUGUGGAGGAUUUCUACUCUGCUAAUCAGGGCAACUCCAGCAGGCUGCAGGACACUGUGGGUAACCUGACAUGUGCCUCUCCUGAGAACCUUUGUGGCAGGACACUUUUGUCCAUCCAUACUGAUGAGGUUUGUCGUCUUUCAGGUCUGAAAGCUCUCUUCAUCCUGCUUCCACUCCUCCUCCUCACUGUGCUGACACUUUGCUGGUGUUGUGGGAGGAAAGAGGAGAAGAAGGAAUCGCCCAAAUUUGGGACAGUGCAUAUGAAGAAUGAAGAUUUAAGAAAAGAGGGCACAAAGGGCAACAUAUUGGAGACCCAGCUGAUGUUCAGACCUUCUUCAGCUCUUCUGGGCAGCACAAGAGACAUCUACGAGGAAGUGGCGGUCAAACUGGGGUCAGUAGACUCUCUGGGACCUCCACCUUCCACCUCAUCCGGUAAGGAGAACCAGGAACUGGAAAUUAAGCAGGAUCUAGAGACGGUGAGUGUGAGUGAAGUGAUGAGGGACUCAGCAGAUCGAGAGAAGGCCUACAUGAUUCAGUCCACUAAAUACUACAGCCUGGUCCCAGGGCUGGAAAUCGAGGACUCAGACCACGGAGAAUACGAGAGUGUGGAUCUGUCAUGAAGCUCAUUUUCACUUUGGAAUAAUUCCAGCCUAUUUACAUAACCUGGAUUGUACAGCAGCAGUUAUGGAGGUUUUAUGUUUACUGAGAGAGGAGAUGUGAUGGAGCACUCAGAGAUGUGACAUUACAUUUCAGGCUUUCAAUCAUAAACCUGAUCCAUGUGUUGAGUCUGAAUCAGAAUCAAGUGAAGUUGAUUCUUUUGAUUUAAUUUCACACAAAGCUAUUAAAUCCACAAAGAAAAUAAACACUCUCUGAGGUCCGUGUGGAGAUGAGAACAUCUUCAUGAUACACUUUCAUUCAUCAAAUUCAUUCCUAAGUGAGAAAUUUAGCAAAUGUAGAAAAGAAUCUAAACAAACCAUUAAUGAAUAGUGAAAUAUGUAAAUAACUCAUUUUAAACAGAAUUUAUUUCCUCUUUCUGUUUUGUUUGUACAUCAAAACCUUCAGAACGCACAAAACCUCAGUGCUAUGGUUCUGUCCUGCUUGCGGCAAGGAACCUGUGGACUCUGAUGAUGAAGGGUGUGUUUAAUGAGACCCUGGACAGGACACGUGAGACGUGAGGAAUGUGGAUUAAACACCUUAACUAGCAGGUGCUUUGUGUUCCUGUUGCACAAUCAGUCUACAGCGUCACAUGGAGUGAUUAAAGAACCUGAUACAGAACCGUUCUCACUCACAGGAGUACAUUUCAAACUCCUCUCAUUUCACAGCAUGAGGUUUCAUCAACAAACUACUAUCUUCAUCAUCAUCAUCAUCUUCUUCAUCAUCAUCAUCAUCUUUAUCACCACAGAAUUCUAAAUCACAUCAUUUAAAACAACCUACAGAACAGUGACGUUACUCCUGAGUGAAUGAAGCUGUACAUGAUUUUUAAAAAUGUGAACCUUUACAAUGGUUCUUCAAUUGUUCUUUAAUGCUCCAUGUAGAACCCGUGGGAGAGAAGAACCCUUAGUUAUCCAGGGAAUUCUUAAGGAACCCUUAUGAUAAAACUCUAGACUGUAGACUCUUUGAUAAGACUCUAAAGAGGCUGUACACUCUUAAAUGUGUACAAUUUCUUCUCUUGUCCUUCUGUAGGGUUCCUGAGGGUUUCAAAGCAGAACCUUUUUAAAAGAACCUUUUGUUCUAAGCAUGUGCUGCAAUCUUUAAAUUAUUGCUAUUUAUUUCCUAGAGCCUGUCAGGAGGUAAACACUGAGUGAGCCUGACUUGGGUACUUUGAGAGUUCUUCAAAAUUUCUGAGGAUUAUCGAAGGUUCUUUUGUUUUUUCUGAAUUAGUUUGAAAGAAAAACUUUAAGGGUUCUAGAUUUGUAACGGAGGAGUGUUUGAGUUACAAACAGUCAUAUUGUUACACAAUGAAUUAUUUAUUAAAAAAGGAAAAGAAAUUAUUAUUGAUUUAUGGAUUCUAUAAAAGUCUUAUUAUCAGGAUGCUCACAGACGCCACAGAACCUGUAGUGGUUUAACUGUGUGUUUUAUCACUGUUCUGUUUCCUGUCCUGAGUUAAAGGAGAAUUUAUAGCUGAAGCUAAAACACUGCUAGCUAAAAGGCUAAUUUGUGUUUAGUGUAUGAGAUUAUAACACACACAUUGAGUAAUGUCAGACUUUGAGUGUGUGUGUGUGUAUGUGUAUGUGUGUCCGUAUGUGUGUGUCUGUGUAUUUGUGUGUGUCUGUACAGUAUGUGUGUGUCUGUAUGUGUGUGUAUGUGUAUGUGUAUGUGUGUGUGUGUUUUCACAGUGUUAUAUUUCACAAGGCCAUUAGAGCUACUGUAUUCUGUCUUUAUGUGAACUGAACAUUCUGGUAUUUAAAUGAACACUUUUUUCUUUUAA